GACCAAUCAGAGUGCGCUGUCGUGUCCCAGUCCCCAACGGCAAAGCACGAGGUCCAAAAAGCUAAAACCGUUCACUUGUAGUUCAACAACAUAACUGUCUUCUGUAUCAGUAUGAAGAGGUCUUUUCCGCAUUAUGGGAGCCUCUGGGUGGUCUUGUGUUGUUGCCUGGUGACAGUUCACUCUCAUGGGGAACAUGAGCAGCAGCAGGGGCAAGCAGCUGGGGAGGCAGUCCAUGUUUCUGCCCAUGGCCGCUUUGACAAAAACAUGGUUCAGGACCAAGAUCACAUCAUGGAGCAUUUGGAGGGUGUGAUUGACAAACCAGAGAAAGACAUGACACCUCAGGAGCUGCAGCUGCACUACUUCAAAAUGCACGACUACGAUGGCAACGACCUGCUGGACGGACUGGAGCUGGCCACUGCCAUCACACACGUGCACAAGGAGGAAAGAGGAGACAACAGUGCGCCAAUGAAGGAGGAGGAUCUGAUCAGCCUCAUUGAUGAUGUGCUCAAAGAUGACGACAAAAACAACGAUGGAUACAUCGACUACGCAGAGUUUGCCAAAUCACUGGAGUAAAGUUUGUGAGCCUUUGCGACCAUCGGGGGGCGCUAUGGACUUAUUUCAGCUACAAGACUGUGAGCACACACUUAAAUGUCACCAGGAAUUAGCAAUUUAGAACAAGAGGUGAGUGAUACAGCAUCUACAACAGUGAUUAUCAAACAUUUCACACCAAGUACCACCUAAGAAAAUUUGUUAGCAUUCUGAGUCAGUAUGCUAACUAAUUUAAAAAAACAGGACCAGAUCUAAACCAGGACUAUAACAGGUCCAAACUAGGGCUAAAUCAGGUCUAAAAUUUGACUGUGAUUGCUACAGAAGCUCUAAACAAGGACUAACCCAAAGGAGGAUAAAAAUAUCGAUCAAAUUGAAACUUAAGUUAACACUGAAUGAGAGUCUGUGAACCACCUGAACUAGAAUGCGUACCACAGUUUGAGAACAUCUGGUCUACAAGAUAAUAUCUUUUUAUGUGGGUUGGCAAUGUUAACAAAAAUAAAUAUCUUAAUCGUUUUUGGAUUUGCCUGAUAGAGAUUAAUUAUAUUUUGCAAUCCAUCAGAAAUGUGCCAAAACAUUCCUAUAAAAUGUCUUGGUUGAGUUUCAAGUAUUGCGCUCAGUUUGAAAUGGACUGUGAAAUUAAGCACAAAUUUACAGAAAUAACACUUUAUAUUCUUUGGAUGACUUAACUAAUCUGAUCUUUACUGGUUUCAAUGAUAUUCAGUGAUGCAUUUCUUUGCAGAUUUCUGAUGGAUUGCAAAAACAUCAUCUGAUUAUCUAACUAUGAAUUUUUGUCAAUAUUGUCCACCACUAUGAACAAAGAACUAGGUCUGAAAACAAAAGCAACUCUCUUUUAUGAGCCAAAAUUAUAGUAUAUAUAGUAAAGUGACUCGCAGUCUUUUCACACCAAAGGAAAGAUUUGGAUUUCUGAGUCCCACCAGAUCUAAACCUACAUCUAUAACAGGACUAUUCCAGAGGUAAUCUAGAGAUAAACCAAGUGGAAAAGUGGACUACAUCAUUUCCACUGUAGUUCUAAUUCAGUGGAUAAAAGUGACUCUAAAUUAGACAAAUGCACAAACUGAAGAGCUGUCCAAGUACCACCUGAAGGAGCUUGUAUACUUUGAGAAACCCUAUUAUUGUACAGGUUCAACUGGAGAUUUGGGAAACCACGCACAAGACUGCCUCUUAGAUUUAUAGCUUUAAGUUUUUGAUGUUGUUCUUUUUAUUUGACCAUUUUGACUUUUCAUUUUCUGUAGUUUGCAAUGACAGUCAUCUUCUGCCUUGUUUGCACUGAUUUGAAUAGUGGGUUUGAUCAGGGACAGGAUACACUCAUGUCAAAUUAGCCCCAUUUAUUAGAUAGACCCUGAAUUAAGAAGCUACUUAAGGUAUGUUACCAUUUCAGGCUCGUAACUGGUUUUAUGUCAGAUUCAAUUGGUCCAUCUUUUUCUAUUAUCAAAAAGGGGACUGUCAAAGCUACAGUCCCUCCCCUUAUUGGUUAAUUUCUAGAUGGGACAAUUAUCAAAAAAGCCAAACUAUAUUUUACACUGUGGCUUUUGAACUAGCUUCAUGGACCAAAUGAUUGAAGGAUUUUUGUGCUUUGUGCGAUAAUGGAAGUUGAUCUUUGUGGCCUUUAGUCUUUACAGCAGAGUGUUGUUUGGUUUACAGUGUCACACUCAUGCAGUAUUUCAGUCCAACUCAGAAAAUAGAACCAUUUAUGAGUGAAUGUACACUUUUAACUUUUUACACUGUAAGCAAAAGUUUAGUAGAACCAGUUUAGUAUUUUCUAGUGUGGUAAGCUACUGAUGAUUUAUUUGAUCAAUCAAAUUUUUGCCACAUCCUGUUUGGAGAAAAGCACAGACGUCUUUCUCAUCCACAAAUGCUCUGUUUGCUAAAAUGGUCUGCUAAUAUUCACCAUAUAAUCUUUCUGUUAAAAUCAAGUCAUUAGCAGUUUAUGUACCUUUGUCGCCAUGUUUGUUUUGGGUCGUUUGGACCACAGUGCUGCUCUGUGAUUGGUCCAAUCCACCAGUGGGCUCAAGCCCAAACGUAGUAGUGAGAGCUGUAUAGGUUUGUGAACUAUACCACAAAUAUCCAUCAUACUCUGUAAGUAUCACAAAUAUAUAACAGUGAAAAUUGUCACUGUCAAAUCUUUUCAUCAUUGACAAUGUUAUGCUGUAGCUCUCAUAUGACUUCCCUUUUUACUUACUUAACUCUGUAAAAUCUUUAGAAAAGCUUUAUGAGUUUUCUAUAUAAAUCUAUGGCUCUUCAGAUGUUUGCUGCCUUUAGCACAGAUACAUUUCAAAAUGUGAGAUCUGUGUCUAAAUAUUUAAACAUUUAUAGCUGUUUCACGUGUCGUACAUUUGUGUGAAAUCUGUUUAUGUGUCAGUGUUGACUUGAUUCAUUCAGAUGACUGAAUGUAGCUAUUUAAAAGUGUAAAAACAUCACAGAUGCAACUGUGUUGUCUCUGUUAUGUCGAAUAUAUAUUGUAAAAUAAACUUUACAAUUAACUGA